AUGGAAGACCAGCAGUUCCGCGAGGCGGCGCGCGAGGUGAUCGACUACAUCAUCGACUACCAGCGCGACAUCCGCGACCGGCCCGUGCUGCCGUCCGUCAGCCCCGGCUACCUCUCCAAGCUGGUGCCGACCGAGGCGCCCGCCACGCCCGACUCCUGGCGUGACGUCAUGCGUGACGUGGAGCGCGUCAUCCAGCCGGGCAUGACGCACUGGCACUCACCGCAGUUCCACGCCUUCUGCCCGCUGGCCAACUCGCCGCCGGCGCUGCUCGCCGAGCUGCUGGCGCACGGGCUCAGCUGCGUCGGGCUGUCGUGGGAGGCGGCGCCCGCCUGCCUGGAGCUCGAGGUGACCGUGAUGGACUGGCUGGCGCGCAUGCUGGCGCUGCCGGCGCACUUCCUGUCCGACUCGGGCCGCGGCGGCGGCGUCAUCAUCGGCUCGGCGACCGAGGGCGUGGUGCUGACGCUGACGUCCGAGGAGAUCGCCGCUGGCAACGUGCCAAUUUACGUGCUGGCCACGCUGGGCACGACCGGCACGUGUGCGUUUGAUCCGCUGGACGAGCUGGGCGCCGUGUGCAGCGAGUACGGCCUCUGGCUGCACGUGGACGCCGCGUACGCCGGGCCAGCCUUCGUCUGCCCCGAGUUUCGCCACCUGCUGCGCGGCGUCGAGCACGUCACAUCCUUCAGCUUCAACGCCCACAAGUGGAUGCUGGUCAACUUCGAGUGCACGGCGCUGUGGGUGCGCGACUCGGCUGCGUUCAGCAGCGCGCAUCGGAUCGACGCGCAGGUGCUGGCCACCGCCGAGACGACGCUGCCCAACUUCCGCAACUGGUCCCUAGCGCUGGGCCGCCGGUUCCGGGCGCUGAAGCUGUGGUUCGUACUGCGCCUGUACGGCGUCAGCGGCAUCCAGGCGUACAUCCGCGGUCACGUGGCGCUGGCGCGACAGUUCGAGGAGCUGGUGCGCCAGGACCGCCGCUUCGAGGUCGUCUCGCCCGCUUCGAUGGGCGUGGUGUGCUUCCGCGUGCGCGGAGAGGACAACACGGCGACGGAGCGCCUGCUGGAGCGCGUGACGGCCGCCGGCAGGGUGUUCAUGGUGUCGACGAUGGUGCCCGGCCGGCGGCUGGCCGCGCGGUUCGUGGUCGUGUCCCGCGUGACCUCGGCCGAGGACGUGCUGACGUCGUGGCGGGAGAUCCAGCGACAAGUCGGCCCGGCGUGCGGCGACUCGCUGGCACCCGAGGACGUCUCACUGACCCAGGAGAGCGUCUCGCCGGUCCAGGAAACCGCGAGUGAGUCUCCGGAGGUCGCAGAUCAGCGUCAAGAAGACAUGUAUGCGACGCGUCAGGUACCUCGUGGGCACGAGGGGCUGGCCUACCCGAUCGAGGACCUGGACCAGUGUCCCGAUGAGGCCAGCGACACACCCCAACAGGUUGCCGACAUGCUUCAAAAGGUCGCCUGCCUGCCUCAGGAGGUCGCCCGACCUCCGAUGCUGCGCACCAAGUCAGGCCGCUGGAUCUCGGAGCUGGUCGCGGCCGAGCGCCGCUUCAGUCGGGGCAUGCAGUGA